AUUUAAUAGAGAUCUAUGGGAAGACAAUUGCUGAAAGAUAUGAGACCUUGGACUUCAAUGUGAAUUAUAUUGAUGGGCCAGCUGUCCUUGUGGCAGAAGGAGAUGGAUGGACCAGUCUCUGCUCUUUUGCUGACAGGCAAGCUGGAAGGAUCUACCCUAUUCAGGCAGAAGAUGGACUGGGGACCCUGAAGUGCCGGGUAGAAGGGAACCACAUAGGGUCCCACAAUGUUAGCUUCUCGGUGUAUAACAAAGGAAAGUCAGCAGUACACAAAGGUGCUUGGCUCAUCAGUGCCAAACAGGAGCUUUUCUUGUAUCAAACGCAUUCAGAAAUAGCCUCUGUGUUCCCAGCUGGUGGGAGUCUCGGGGGAGGCACAGACCUCACUGUCAUGGGGGAUUUCUUUGAGGAGCCAGUGCAGGUCACUGUUGCAGGUGUCCCCUGUAAAGUCAAGCACGUCUCUCCCCAGCAAAUCAGAUGCACAAUUGAGCCUGUUGGCAAGGGCAGGAGGUUUGGUGCCCCCCAGCCAGGAAACAGAGGGCUUCUCUUUGAAGUCUGGGAUGAUGCCUCUGAUCUGACAGAAGCAGGUCCUGGAUAUAGAUGGCAGUUUGUACCUAAUGCCAGUUCCCCAGUAAGAUUUCUGUCUGGGGCAAAGAAGACCUUCAGCUCCAGGCUUCGUGGAUUUUUUGUGGCUCCUCAGACCAACAAUUACACCUUCUGGAUUCAGGCAGAUGGUCAGGCAUCUCUCUACCUAAGUUUGUCCCAAGAUCCAGAACAUAAGGUGAGAAUAGCUUCUCUCCCUGCCGGCAAUUCGGAGUGGUCUGAGAACUGGGUGAAGAGCUGGAGCGAGCAGUGGCAGCCAAAAUCCCAGAAAUUUGAGCUAACUGCUGGCUCGAGGUACUACCUGGAAGCGCUGCACCAUGGAGAGGCACCCAGCAACGGGAUGAGGGUUGGAGUCCAGAUACAUAACACCUGGCUGAAUCCCCACGUGGUGAACAACUACUACAUCGAGAGACACGAAAUUCGGGCUCACUCCUUGCGUCUUCCAGAAGUGCUGAUGUUGACUGUGUCUGGUACAGGGUGUUUCAGUAUCUCCUGGAAUAACGUAUCUUGCAGAAUGAUCCCCACAAAUGCUACAGCUCUCCAGGUUCAAACAGCAAUAGAGGAACUUCUUUCAAUAGGAUGUGAAACUGAGCCAACUUCUGCUAAAAUCCUUUUCCGCGAUGGCUUUGAGAAAGAAGAUAUGAAGGGCUUCAUUACCACUGGACACAUUGUCAGUGGUACAGAGCCUUUCUGUGGGAGGUUCAGCGUUCACGGACCAAGCCAGCUGGUGAGAACUUCCCCAUCAACUCUACCAAGAUAUGAUCUUACUGAAUACACACAUGUGUGUUUUGCCCACAAAGGGCACAUGAGCAAUAUCCUUCACAUCUCAGUGUCCUACACCAAUGUCUCUUUAAGUUCAGUGAAGAGGAACAUCACCUGCCUGUGGGAUUUCAAUAAAACUGACUCUAAAAGCUGGAUGUUCACCUGCACUGACCUUUGGAAAAGGUGUGUGAAUCACUCCACGCUUCUCCAGGAUCUCCCUGAAAAUUCCCCGGUGUUUGUGCAUCAGAUAGACUUGCAGAGCCCUGUGCUGCAAAAGAAAACACCCGGGUCAUUUUAUCUUGAUGAAAUCAUCAUCGCAGACAGAGCUGUGACUGUUUCUCAGAGAGAUCCCAAACCACCUUGGCCAGGUGGGAGGGUAGUUGAAGAGGUGUCUGUGGUGGGGUCUUCUCCUACUUACAACGUGUCCUGGAUGGCGCCUGGUUGUGGUGCAAGUCUGCCCCUUCUCUCUCUAAGAGGUGCUUUGCUUGGGGAGGGCUCUAAGGAGUAUGGCCACCUCUAUGUCUCCACGGAGGAUGUGAGAGUCAGCCUCACCAUUCAGAGACUGCAAAAGUCAUCCCCACCUAUUGGAGGGACCUUCUCCAUCCACUUGGCCAAUAUAGUGAUAUCAGGUGUUUCAGUGCACGCGUCCUCCCACCACCUCCACAAGCUUUUGCAAGACAAUGUAGAUCACUCUACAGCCCCAUACUUCAACACCAGUGACUUCAUCGUGACCAAAGACUCAAACUCUUGCUAUGAAAAGAUCUGGACACUGACUUGGAAAACAAAAACUGGGGACUUACCCAAUGUUAUUAAUGUACUGUAAUUUCUUUUACUAAUAUCCACUUUGAAGUCCAUUCAAUAUCUUUGGCCUUGGCUGAUUUGUUCUCCCAGCAUUUAUUUUUAUGCAGACAUCUGUGGGACCUUAAACUAAGUGUCUUCCUAUUAGGAAUCGCAGCUGAAGCAAAUUCCAGAUUAGAUGAUUAAAAAAGCAAUUGCAGUUACAGGAGGGGAAAUUACAGUUUCAGAGUCUGUGCUUCAAAAUAAGGAGGCUAGAAUGUAAUUUCUGUGCUUCAUUUCAGUUCUGCAGAAUAAAGAGAAUUGCUAUACUGAAGUGAAAGA